AUGUCCUGCACUAAAUCCCCCAUUUAUGCGAAUAUCAAGCCUGAUCACUUCACCCCCCCUACUCCAAUUUAUAAAGACUCGAUCUUUUUGUUAAGAUUGAAGCCUCCAAAUACCUCUCCGGGUAUGUGGAGAACCAUUGCCAAGCGAGCCUCUUCUUCAGCUCUUAAUCCUCGCUCUCUUCGCAGUUACAGCUUCCUCGGAUUUUCCCAUAAUUCCAUUUAUCCCGAGAAAUUCAAGUUUAGAUCUUUUGACCUGGAUUCUUCUCACACGGGUUCUGGGUUCAACGAACCUAGCUUUUUGUUAGCUGGCCAAUUGUCGAACAGGGAUGAGUUCUCGGUCCGGCCCAGUUUGCAUUCUGUAAAUAUUAAUGGGUUGUGCUCUCAGAAGAGCUUUGCCAGCGUGGCUGAGGCGGUUGCAGUUUCAUCAACCGACGUGGAUGAAGAUGCUUGUUCUGUGGCUGACGAGGUUCAAAUUAUGCUGUCUGAAAUGCAAAAGGAAGAGAGGAAAAAUGCUGCCCUUGAGCGGCAGAGGCAGUUCAAAACGGCUUAUGGGAUGGGGAGGAGGAAAUUCCAAGCCCUCAAAAGGAGACAAGUGAAGAUUGAGACUGAGGCUUGGGAACAAGCAGCUGCAGAAUACAAGGAGCUUCUAAAUGAUAUGUGUGAGCAUAAACUGGCUCCGAACUUGCCAUAUAUGAAGUCAUUGUUUCUGGGUUGGUUUGAGCCAUUGUGUAAUAGGAUUGCUGAGGAGCAGGAGUCAUUUAAGUCAGGAAAAGCCAAGGCUUCAUAUGCAAAGUAUUUUAAUCUGUUACCGGCUGAAAUGAUGACUGUAAUUACCAUGCAUAAGUUGAUGGGGUUAUUGAUGAUUGGAGGUCAGAGUGGUACUGCUAGGGUCAUACAAGCUGCUUGUGUUGUAGGUGAUGCGAUUGAACAAGAGGUUAGGAUACACAAUUUUCUGGAGAGAACAAAGAAGAAAAAAGGCAGUAAAGGCAAACAAGCAGAAGCAGAUGUGACUUCUGGUGCCCAAGAACAAGAGAAAAUUAGGAGGACCGUUACUAAUUUGAUGAAAAAACAAAAACUGAGGGCAGUGCAGCAGAUAGUGAGUACUCAAGAAGAUUCAAAGCCCUGGGGAACUGAUGCUAAAGCAAAGGUCGGAAGCCAUCUUAUUGAUUUGCUUUUGCAAACAGCAUAUAUUCAGGCACCGGUUAAUGAAUUAGCUGAUUUUCCACCUGAUAUCAGGCCUGCAUUUAUACAUACAACUAAAAUUGUUGCAAAAGAAGCAAAGGUUACUACCAGAAGAUAUGGCAUCAUCCAAUGUGAUCCACUAGUCCUUAAAGGCCUUGAGAAAACUGCGAGGCACAUGGUUGUGCCUUACAUGCCAAUGUUGGUGCCUCCAGUGAAGUGGACAGGAUACGACAAAGGAGGACAUCUCUAUCUUCCUUCAUAUGUGAUGCGUACACAUGGUGCAAGACAUCAACGUGAAGCAGUCAAGAAGACACCUUUUAAGCAAAUGCAACCAGUUUAUGAGGCUUUGAAUACACUUGGAAGCAUCAAAUGGAGGAUCAACAAAAGAGUACUCAAUGUGGUUGAUAGAAUAUGGGCCGGCGGAGGCCGUCUUGCUGACUUGGUUGACUGCAAUGAUAUCCCUUUGCCUGAACAACCAGAAACGGAGGAUGAAGCUCUACUUAAGAAGUGGAAAUGGAAAGUUAAUUCCGUGAAAAAGGAAAACAGUGAAAGACAUUCCCAGCGUUGCGAUACAGAGCUGAAACUUGCUGUGGCACGGAAGAUGAAAGAUGAAGCUGGUUUUUUCUAUCCUCACAACCUUGAUUUCCGGGGCCGUGCAUAUCCCAUGCAUCCCCACUUAAAUCAUCUUGGAUCGGAUAUCUGUAGAGGUUUGCUGGAAUUCGCAGAGGGACGUCCGCUUGGAAAGUCAGGCCUGAGGUGGCUGAAGAUUCACUUGGCCAAUUUAUUUGCUAAUGGUGUUGAUAAAUUCUCUCUUGAGGCAAGACUAGCCUUUACUGAAAAUCACCUGGACGAUAUAUUUGAUUCAGCUGACAGGCCACUUGAAGGAAAGCGUUGGUGGUUGAAUGCUGAAGAUCCAUUCCAGUUCUUGGCCGCAUGCUUUAAUCUUUCAGAAGCUUUGAGAAGCCCAUGUCCUGAGACUACCAUCUCUUAUAUUCCGGUUCACCAGGAUGGUUCCUGCAACGGUUUACAGCACUAUGCUGCUCUUGGAAGAGAUACGUUGGGAGCAGCUGCUGUGAAUUUGGUUGCUGGGGAAAAACCUGCUGAUGUUUACUCCGGAAUAGCUUCUAGAGUUUUGGACAUCAUGAAGCGUGAUGCACAGAAAGACCCUGAAGCUUUUCCAGAUGCUUUGCGGGCUAGGGUUUUAAUCAACCAGGUUGACAGGAAACUAGUCAAGCAAACUGUGAUGACGUCAGUGUAUGGUGUUACAUAUAUUGGUGCACGUGAUCAGAUUAAGAGGAGAUUGAAGGAACGUGGUGCCUUUGCGGAUGACGCAGAGCUUUUUGGUGCAGCUUGUUAUGCUGCAAAAACCACAUUGACUGCUCUGGGUGAGAUGUUUGAAGCUGCACGAAGUAUCAUGGGCUGGCUUGGAGAUUGUGCAAAGGUUAUUGCAUCUGAAAACCAUUCCGUGAAGUGGACAACUCCGCUUGGUCUUCCUGUCGUGCAGCCUUACCAUAAAAUAGGAAGGCAUCUUGUUAAGACUUCUCUCCAGGUGCUGACACUGCAGCGAGACACUGAGAAGGUCAUGGUGAAGAGGCAAAGAACCGCUUUUCCACCUAAUUUUGUCCAUUCUCUGGAUGGUUCUCAUAUGAUGAUGACUGCCGUGGCAUGCCGAAAGGCAGGCUUGAAUUUUGCAGGUGUUCACGAUUCUUACUGGACACAUGCAUGUGAUGUUGACGUAAUGAACAGGAUAUUGAGGGAAAAGUUUGUUGAACUCUAUGAAGCACCGAUUCUUGAAAAUUUGUUAGAGAGCUUUCAGAAGAGCUUUCCAUCAUUGUCUUUUCCGGCUCUGCCGGAACGGGGUGACUUCGACCUUAAAAAUGUUUUGGAAUCCCCAUAUUUCUUUAACUAA